GUUUGCUUCUUUCCGGUACUAAUAGUCAGUGGCCAUGACUACAGGGUUGGUCCCAGUUGGCCCCCAAGAUACAUAAUCUCGAGUCUUCCCUGCUUAAGGGUAGUGAUUCUUUUUAUCUGUGGUCUGUGUCCUUCGUCCACCGUGCUCUGGGCGCCAUUUUCCUUACAAACGAAAACAACCACCAAGUAUGGCUGGUGACAACCCCCCCGCUGCUGGGGAGCCGGCCAUGCCCACCCGAAUUUCUUAUUGGCGCCUUCUGCUCGACCAGGGCGUGUUUACCCAAGAAAUCCUCGAUUAUCCAUGGGAGGGCUCUGGCACGGAAGACGACCCAUACCUCGUCACCUGGAUUCCUAACGAUCCUCGCAAUCCCAUGAAUUUCCCCGCCUGGCGCAAAUGGCUGUAUACUAUAACCGUGGCUUGGGCCACACUCGCUGUGUCAUUGGUCUCGUCAGCGUACAGUGGAGGAGUCGAGCAAAUAAUGGAAAGUUUUCAUGUGGGCACUGAGGUAGCCACGCUCGGCAUUUCGCUCUUCGUGCUGGGCUUCGCUAUCGGCCCUCUGCUCUGGGCCCCCAUGAGCGAGCUCUGGGGCCGUCAAUACCUCUUCUUUGUCAGCUAUUGUGGGCUGGCGGCGUUCAACGCCGGCAUCACCGGCUCCAAGAACAUCGAGACCCUUAUCGUCCUACGCUUCUUCGCGGGCGCGUUCGGAUCGUCGCCCUUGACAAACGCCGGAGGAGUGGUGGCGGAUCUGUUUCCCGCGAAGCAGCGGGGGUUGGCCAUGAGUAUCUUCGCAGCGGCACCGUUUAUGGGUCCAACCAUCGGCCCGGUUUGCGGAGGCUUCCUGGGGAUGAACGCGGGGUGGAAGUGGGUGAUGGGCUUCUUGGCUGCUUUUUCCGGUCUUCUCUGGAUCAUCGGUAGUCUGGUGGUACCGGAGACCUACGCCCCGGUGUUGUUACAGCAGCGCGCAAAGAAGCUGACCAAGGUGACGGGAAAGAUUCAUCGAAGCAAGACGGAGGCGGAGAAGGGGAAGGUGCCCUAUUCCACCGUCUUCAAGACAGCCCUGUCGCGGCCGUGGCUUCUUCUGUUCCGCGAGCCGAUCGUCUUCCUAUUAUCCAUAUACAUGGCAAUUAUCUAUGGGACGUUAUACAUGAUGUUCGCAGCAUUCCCAAUUGUGUACGAGGAGCUACGCGGUUGGAACCAGGGCGUCUCGGGUCUAUCAUUCCUGGGGGUCAUGGUAGGCAUGAACAUAGCAGUCCUGUACAGCAUCUGGGAUAAUAAGCGGUAUGAAAGGACUGAUGAAGCUCACAAGGGAUUUGCACCUCCAGAAGCGCGUCUCCCUCCAUGUCUGAUGGCCUCGGUGAUGAUCCCCUUGGGCCUCUUCUGGUUCGCUUGGACCAAUUACCCUUCGAUCCACUUCAUGGCGAGUAUCGCGGCCUGUGUGCCUUUCGGGUUCGGAAUGGUGCUGGUCUUCCUCAGCUUAAUGAACUACCUUAUUGAUGCCUACACCAUCUUCGCAGCCUCGGUGCUGGCCGCCAAUUCCGUUCUGCGCUCGAUCUUUGGCGCCGUCUUCCCGCUCUUCACGAC